AUUCUCAUUUUCUCGCAUAAGCACACACUAAUUUAUUACGCGCCAAACACACCACGCCCUCGCCCUCUAUCGGAGAAAAUGGCGAUGGACGAUCGGCUGGCGGAGCUCAACCCAAAGCCCAGAACCUGCGUCGUCUUAGGCGGCCGAGGCUUCCUCGGGCGAUCGCUCGUCCUCCGGCUCUUGAAUAUCGGAAAGUGGAUCGUUCGCGUUGCCGAUUCGACUCAGUCCCUCCAGCUCGAUCCCUCCGAGCGCGACUCCCUCCUCUCGCAAGCUCUCUCCUCCGGCCGCGCUUCCUUACACGGCGUCGAUGUCCGCGACACGUCUCAAAUCAUCGCUGCCAUUGAAGGUUCAUCUGUAGUGUUCUAUUUGGAUGGGGAUGAUUUACCCACACAUGAUUUCUGCCAGUGCUAUAUGAUUGUUGUUCAAGGUGCAAAAAAUGUCAUCAGUGCUUGUCGAGACUGCAAAGUUAGGCGGUUAAUAUACAAUAGUUCUGCUGAUGUAGUUUUUGAUGGAUCGAAAGAUAUAUUAAAUGGAGAUGAAUCUUUGGCAUACCCUUGGAAAUUUGAUGAUAUGUUGAGUGACCUCAAGGCUCAAGCAGAAUCACUUAUCCUGCAUUCUAAUGACAUUGAUGGUCUUUUAACAUGUGUGCUUCGUCCUAGCAAUGUAUUUGGACCUGGAGACACACAUCUUGUGCCAUUUUUUGUGAACUUGGCAAAAUCUGGCUGGGGAAAGUUUAUUAUAGGGAGUGGUGAAAACAUGUCAGAUUUCACAUACGUUGAGAAUGUUACUCAUGCUCAUAUCUGUGCAGAAGAAGCUUUAGAAUUUCGGAUGGUCUCUGCUGCUGGAAAGGCCUUUUUCAUCACAAAUCUCGAGCCUGCAAAUUUUUGGGUAUUUGUAUUACUAAUCUUGGAAUGCCUGGGAUGUCAAAGACCAUUACUGAAAGUUCCUGCUAAGAUGGCUUGGUAUAUUCUUUUGUUCAUCAAACGGGUAUCUGAAAAGUAUGGAAGGAUAAAAUACAACAAUUUGAUGUCAGCGCAUUACAUUCAAUUAGCUUCACGUAGUAGAACGUUCGACUGCACUGCGGCUCAAAACCAGAUUGGGUAUUCACCAGUUGUCUCGCUGGAAGAAGGUGUGAAAUUAACCGUCGAGUCAUUCUCUAAUAUAGCCAGGAACUCAUCUAUCCCAACUUUCAGAAACUUUAAUGAGGAAUCAAAAGUGGAGAAGCUGCUAGGCAGUGGAGAAGUUGCAGACAUUCUGCUGUGGCGUGAUGAGAAGAAGACUUUUACAUAUUUCCUUGCUUUGAGUAUGUUGUAUUACUGGUUUUUCCUUUCCGGAAGAACUUUUGCCUCGUCUUUGUCCAAGCUUCUGCUGUUAGUUUCAUUUGGCCUCUAUGGAUAUGGGAUUCUACCACCCAAGAUGUUGGGUUUUACCUUUAAGACACUAUCUUUAUCUUGUUUUGAGAUCCCUGAAAUGGUAGUGAAAGAGAAGAUUGCAAUGAUAGCAUAUCUGUGGAACAGAGGGGUUUGUUAUUUGAGACUACUGGCCCAGGGAGAUGGGUGGUAUAUUUUCUUCAAGUUUGCAGCUUCCUUCUUUUUCCUCAAGUUGAUUUUGUCUCAUGCCUCGACUGUGUCGUUAGGUGUAGCGCUGGUGUUGGCUUUCACGCUAUUUUUUGUUUGUGAACAAUAUGAAUCGGAAAUAGAUGGAUUGGCAAAGCUACUGUUCAACAGGUUCAUAUCAGUUUCUGGGUCGUUGAGAACAAAUGUACCCGCUUCUGUGCAACAAUAUCUUCAAAAACGUGGAAUCUUGCAUCACGACAAAGGAGCCGCAACAGUAAAGCAUCAGAAAUAGCUGCCACUGCGACCUCGAUAGCCUUUUCACAGAAGUUUUUCUAACUGUAUAAAUCCAAUCCAAUGGUCUGCUAACUAGGUUAGAUUUGUAUGAACAUACAGAUUUUGGGGCAAGCCCAACAAAAGAGAGAGAGCAAAAAUGUUAGGCUGUAGAAAUCGAUGCCUUUUCGGCAUGUCUGUGUUGUGAGUUUGAUGUUUUUAUUGUUACAAAUCCGGUGAGGUGGUUCGAAUCAAGCUUUGUUUUUCUCCUUUUCUUUCA